GUUAGAUUCAAGCAGUUUAAUCAGGGGGUUGAAAGAAAAAAUUUUGUUGCAAGAGAAUGCCGUCAAACAGUGAUCUCCUCUUUUUCUAUUCAUCUUCGUCAUCGUCUUCUCAGCUAAGCACUCCAAGUGCAUGUCAAAAUGGGUCUUCUCGAGCCGUUACUAAAUAUCCUCUCUGGGAUGCGGAAAAGGCCAAGUGCAGCUUCGGUUUCUCAAAGCCUAAGUAUAGCGAAGAACUGAAGGAAGAGAUAGCCGAGCUUGAGGCAGAGAUCUUACAGUUAGAGCGGUACCUUCUCUCGCUCUACAGAACAUCGUUUGGAGAUCAUUUGCCUGCAUUCUUGAUACAUGAUGAUUCUUCGCUACCUCAACUGCCACACACCACUAAAUUUCACAAUGACAGAGUCUCUUAUGUGUCUGAUACGUCUCUCUCGUCGAGCUUCAGACCGUUGUCUGAAUCGGACAAUAAACAAAGAUCAGAGUUUAGCAACCCGAGUUUGGCUGAUCUUCUUGGUCUUAACACUCUCAGUCCCAAUAAACUCUCUGAAGAGAUUGUGAGACUUAUGUGCGUAAUAAUCAUUAAACUCUCAGACAAGGGACAAAGAAGAUUUGUCAAGAAUGAAAAAUCUGUUGAAGAACUUGGAGUUAUCAUCAAAACACUUUGCCUAAAUGAGGACAAUUUGAAGUCCGUGGAGAGUUUUCUUCAGAAAUUCAGAUCAUUGGUUCAAAAGCUUGAGAAAGUUGAUCCGACAAGUAUGGCUCGGGAGGAGAAGCUUGCAUUCUGGAUCAAUAUUCAUAAUGCUCUGGUGAUGCACGCGUAUAUACUAUAUGGGACUGGUGAAGAUAUAACAAGCACAAAGGCUGCAUUUAACAUAGGUGGGGAGUGGGUAACUGUAUACGAUGUCCAGAGUUCUAUUUUAGGAAUUCGUGCGAGCCAUUCACCAACACCUGUAUGGACGUUAUUUUCACCGGCUAGGAGUUCAAAGACAAGUAGGAGUCACACAUAUGCGUUGGGGUAUGCCGAGCCACUUCUUCAUUUUGCCCUUUCAACUGGAACAUUAACUGAUCCAAUGGUUCGAGUUUAUACAGCGGAAGGAAUACUCCAAGAACUUAGGCAAGCAAGAGACAGUUUCAUACAAACAAGUGUUGAAUUUGAAAAGGAGACACGGAUUCUAUUGCCAAAGAUCAUUUACAACUAUGCAAAUGACACUUCUCAGGACAUGGCUGAACUUUUCAAUACAAUAUCAGGGUGUCUAACAGAGACACAAAGAACAAAACUGAAAAGGGCUAUGAAAAAAACGCAAGAUAGAUGCAUUCACUGGAUUAAACAUGACUCCGACUUUCGUUAUAUUAUCCAUUGGGAAUACGUAAGAGAUAGUCUAGGAAUCUGAACUCAUAUCUUUUGUAUCUAUAAUAGUUCCAUGUUCUUGUUUUACUACAAAAAGUACUUUGCAUCACUUAUUUAUAUA